CUGUUUUGUAGCCUGCUAUAAGGUUAUAAAUGUCAGAGUUCAUGAUGAGUUUCUUAUUCCUUCCUUGUAGAUCAGUAGAGACUCCACAGAGCCCUCCACACCAAAAGACACAGUUAGUUCCCUCUGAAGGUGAUUCAGCUAAUCAGGCAAAUAGUGAAGUUAUACCUCCCAAAAAAGAUGCUCAGCCUGAGGGGUCAACAGUGGAGACUACAGAUGAUACAAAGCCCCAAGCAUCCUCAGAAGAACGUGCCCAAACUGGUGAGGCACAACCAGAAAAAUCAGAGGCUGUGUCUCCUGUGGAGCCAGCUGAGCAAUCAGUUGCCGAAACAACUCCAGAAAAGAAGGAAGAAUGUGUUGAUACACCUGUUGACCAGUCAAAGGUAGAACACAAUGAGGAGGCUGUUGAGGCCUCUACAGCUUCUCAUGCAGAAGUUAUCCAAAAUGGUGAGACACAGCCAGUUUCAAAGGAAAAAACAGAAGCAGUGUCUCCUGUGGAGCCAGCUGAACAACCUGUGGUCGACACAACUGCAGAAAAGAAGAAAGAACAUGUCGACGCACCAGUUGACCUGUCAGAUGUAGAAUACAAUAAGGGGGCUGCUGAGGCAUCUGCAGCCAUUCACGUGGAAGCUCCUGUUGCAAAAACCUCAGCUGAGGCAGCGACAGAGGAGAGUAAAGAGGCUGCUGAGGUCCCUGCUGUGCUCACAGUCGAACUAAAACCCGAAGUAGAACCUUCAACUGAAACAGAGCCAACAAAUGUGACAAAUCACGAGCCUGCAGGAGAGGAAUCAACUACACAUCCAGCAGAGGGGAGUUGUGAGAAAUGUCCUCCAGAAAAGUACACAGAAGAAACUGUUGAAGCUGUAGCUGAGGUUGUGGAGGAGUCAUUGCCUGAAACUCCCGCUGUGACUAAUGCGGCAGCAGCAGCACAAGAAGCUGCUAUCCAAAACAGCAUGGCACCUGUCCCUGAUUUACUGGCUGAUACUGUAUCCGAAUCGCCCACUCAACCUGCUACUGAUACUGCUGUCAAGUCUGUAGAGUCUGCAGCACCAGCACAGUCAGCUCUAAACACCAGAGCUGAAGAAGAAAGCAAGGGUGAAGUCCAAGCUGCUGUCGAACCAGCACCCGAGACUACAACAGAUCAUGCGACGGAGAUGAAGAUCGAGGAUGCUGUUGAACCUGCGACAGCUUCAGAUGUUGAAGCUGUUCAGGAUAAGAUAGUUGUAAAAGCCAUUGAACUGACAGAUGCAUUAGAUGUGGAGGCACCCACAGCUGAAGCUGAUCCUGAACCCGGGGAAGAUCCAAAACAAUCCCACUCAGAGGAGGUGAAACCAGAUCAAAAGUCUGAUGAUGCCAACAACACUGAAACGUUUGAAAAACCUGUGGAGGAGCAACAAUCUACACAAACUCUGAAUAAGACCAGGGAUGGCAAAGCAGUUUGUUCAUUCUGUGACGAAAUAAUUGACGGAAGUGUCAAGAUCACAUUCAGCGAACCUCUGGUGAGCUACCACCCUGAAUGUCUAAAGUGUGGUGUGUGCGCUGAGGCCCUGGGAGAUUUGUUGACUCCCAUGUUCCUGCAUGACCAACUGAUCCACUGUGGUGGAUGCUUUGCGAAAGCUCUCUAGACCUGAAGCCAUAACUGGGACAAAUGUGUCGCCUUGGAAGACUCAAAGCACACUGUGAUAAAUGUGUUGUUUGGACUGAGAACCUCACCGCUGUUGCCUUCACUCUGUAUCUUUCUUUUGAACCAGUUUCCCCACUGGAAGUUUUUAGGACACAGUGUAUUGUCAGGAUGAACUAUUCUGUAAUGGAACGUUUGAGCAGCAUAUUGUUUAUUGCCAAAGAUGAUUAAAUGAAAUACUUAACAAUCAA